CUGUUUAAAAUGCUUGCCUGAUAGUAUGGAUGAGUUAGGUGUUAAUUUUACUUCAAUAUCAUUUCAAAAUUUUAUACAGUAUACGGUGUAUAAUUUUUGUGUUUAUCCAUAGUUUACCGAUUCAGUAAACGUGAAAAUUAAGUGUUUCAUCAACAGAUAUUCAUUAAAUUAAGUUUAAGAUCGGGAUGUGUUUAAGAAAAUCAACACAGAUGUAAGCAUAAUUGACAUCAAAUACAAACAGAAGUGAUGCCACAUAACAAGUACGUUAAUGGCUGCUGUGGUUAGCCAUGCAAUGCGACGGUUCCCAACAACACCGCCGGAUACUUCGUAUUCGUCGUAUGCGUUUCGGGGUGAAAAUAGUAGGGUAGAGGGAGAGAGCGCACUUUCGCGUUCGAUGCGGUACGCAGAUCCGUGGUUAUAUGGUAGCAUAAGAGCACCAGGAGGUAUUUUUCUAACGCCCGCCUUUGUGCUCUGCGCUUGCCCGGAUUACAUCAAUGGUACAAAAAAAUCAAGCAAAAAAUCCCCAUCUCAAUGCAAAAAAUGUAAGGGGGCUAGACUACCACUGUCAUCGGUGGAUCAGUCUAUGUAUGGAACCGUAAGGUAUUAUCCAUCGGAGGUCGUUCCGACCUCUUCUACUCCAAUUAGAGGAGGAACGGUUCGAGUAACGUCUUCGAACCGACCAUCCAUUCUGCCAUCUCCCGGUGAUCCUUACGAUUUAGUAAGAAAAUCCAGACUAUCUGUGAAAGAAAAUGGUAGUUCUUUCAGGACACGCUCUGUUUCUCCAAAUAAAACAUCAGAUGCAGAAAAUAGAAGUCGAAAUGGAAAAUCGAAAGCUGAGAAAAGAAUCGAAUCUUACAACCUGACGAUUGGUCGUCGAUCUAUUUUAGAAUGCGACAUAAACCCUUAUGAGCUUGUAUCGACGGAAACCCCAGUUUCUAAAGAUACCGAUUCGUCCAAUAUAACUUUGGUGAACGGCCAAAGAAUAAGAGUUCGACCGUCGGUGAUCGAUAACGAAUACGAAGAUGUUCAGCUGAGACUGUCCACUCCAACUAAGUCUACAACGAAAUCCGCAAAGCUGAGUUUGAAAGGUAUCUCGAAGUGUACGUCGCCGGUUUUGAAAGAUAAGAAAUUAUCAAACGGGAUCGAUACAGCGAAACAAAGAGCGAAAAGUGAUUCUCAAUCCGUAAAGAUUCGAGAAAAACAUUUCAAACAAAGAUUUAAAUCGAUAUUGAAGAAAUCUUCAGAACGCAGUCCAUCGCCUACGGAUCGAAGGGGUUCUCAAUUUUACAUACCCCUACCGAGCUCCAAGAAAAAAGUACAAUUUCUUGUCAGUAACGAUUCCAAGCAGGAUGAAAAUAACGUGGAAGAUAUAAAUAAUUACGAAACUGACGACGAUGACGAUGAUAACGUCUUUGAGGCAUCUCCUAGAACUUCUGAAAGCGAAAUAGAAACAGAAACAGUCGAACCUAUGGAAAGUAUACCAGUCGAAGUUAAACCAAGAAAGAACAUAAACUUGUACAGAAGUCUUAGUGAUCGUAUCAAGAAGGCAGAAUCCAAAAUGCUUUUUUCCGACACGAUGGCAAUUAGACAACUCAAACAACGAACCGGCUUAAAACUUGACUUCUCCGAUCUCGAAAGAUUAGAUGGACUGAAUCGAAAAAUAAAAAAAUUAGUAUCGAAAUCGCAGGUAUCAGCUGAAGAAGAUAAUCCAACGAAAUCCUCAAACGAAAAAGAAAAUUUAUCUUUAAAUAAUUUGAAUAAUUUAAUACAAAAAGAAGAAAUUGAAAUGAAUUCUUCAACAAAUAUCGAAAUUAAUAUUAAUAAUGAAGAUAUAACAGAAUUACCAAAACAGAAACAAGUUAUAAAUACUGAUCCUAACGAAAAAUUGGCUUUAGCUAAAUUAGACGAGUGUAUAAAGGAAAAUACGUCUACUACUACGUCAGAUACUCCACCAUCAGCGCCACCUAGAAAAAGAAGUAACAACAAACAACCUUCACUAACUAAUUCAAUAAAAAUAGAAACGGUUAAUAAAGAAAUUAAAAAUAAAACCGUAGUGAAAAUAACAACACCACCAGCCGUACAUAAAAUCCAAAUCAAGAACGAAUUUUCCGAUUUGACCAAUCAACCAAAUAUCAACAUAUUAGAAAACACACAAAGAAAAACCUCCAUAAUGAUCAACGGAGACGAUUGCUACUCGACCGUUAACGUAAACGACGACAUCCCUUUAUAUCAAUCAUCAGUAGUCGUUAAAGAUUCAGUUGGAAUUAUAUCCGUAUCAGAUAAAUCCGAAAAAAAAUGCAGCACCGUCUACAUAACAGGUUCUUUCGUCCCCACCGUCAUUCCUCUAGAAAAAUCGCAAGAUACCAAAGAAACCAUCGAGAAAGAACAAGAUUCGGAUGUGCUGAGGGAACUCCUCAAAGAUCCAGUCGAAGCAGUUCGACGUAACUUAGUCCCGCACGUCUGUGGUAAAUCAGAUGUGUCUAGGCGACGACGCGACAAGAAACUCCCCAACGGCAAAUUAUCCGAAACCUUACCGGAAUCGACGUACGAAGAUGUAUUUACGAGAUCGAAACAUUACGAAUCUCUAUGCGACGAUUUAUCUUCGGAGCACAGUUCUUCUACGCAAUACGAACUGAUCGAUCAGGGAUCGGAUUGCUAUACCGAUCACAGUAAUCGUAGUUCCGUUACCGAAGAAGAAUUGGCGAAUCGGACGAAAUUUUACGAAUUGUUGGCGGAUUCCGGCGUCAUAGAAGUUACUGAAAAUGACGAUCACAUCUACGAAUCUAUCAAAGUUAAUGCGGAUCCUAUUUAUGAGGAUAUCGAAGUACCGCCUCCGUUACCGAGCGUUCCACCUCCCGCGAAUAUACUGGAUGAUUUUAAUCUGGACAAGGAAUUCACCACGAGGUCUAUAUUUGAAGGAGCAUCCAAAUAUGACAUACUGAGCUAUCUUGUAGACGCGAAAGAAAGAGGUUUGGUUCAAGAAGACGGUGACGGUUACUUUCAGACAAAUUCAAACAACGAAGACGAUAUUCCCGUUUCUCAAUUGAGCACAGUGAGCGACUCCAGCGAAGAUAAUUCUCUCAUUAUAUCCGGAUCCAUCAUCGACGAAAAAACGAUUAUACAAAAAGGAGCGGAAGUCGAAAGAAACGAUUCCGGUGUAGGAUCCGAAACGAGCAAAAGUUCCCUGAGUAAAUAUAGAUCGAAACAAGAAAUUUUCGCUCUGUGCGAAGAUUGUGAAAUUACUUUGGAAAACGCCACAGGAAACGCAUCGUUACUUUGUAGAAAGUGCGUGAAAAAACGAUCGGAACGGAAAGAAAUAAUCACAGAAAUAGUAGAAACCGAAGAAAAGUACAGCAAAGAUUUACAAAUUAUUCUAGAAGAAUUUUAUCAACCGAUGCUAGUAGCCGGAUUACUAACACCUGAUCAAUUAUCUGCGAUCUUCCUUAACGUGGAAGAACUAUUGGAAAAUAGUCAGGCGCUGGCGGAGAGAUUGAGAGACGCUGUGGAAAUAGCUCAAGAGCAAGGCGACGAAGAUCUCUUAACCGUCAAUACCGGAAAGUUAUUUUUAGAAGCCAUGCCCAUGUUACACGCUUUUGAAACCUACUGCGUUCGCCAAGGGGCGGCUAGUUUAUUAUUAGCUAGCUUAGAAAAAGAAAAGGAACUUCUCAGGAUAUUUUUAAGAGUAUCCCAGAUGGAAAACACAAUGUUAAGAAGAAUGAAUCUCAACUCAUUCCUGAUGGUACCUGUACAGAGAGUCACCAAGUAUCCCUUGUUACUAGCGAGGCUCUAUAAAGUGACACCUCCUCAUUACGAUAAUAAAGAAGAGCUUAAAGACGCCCAGCACAAGAUUGAAUUACAUUUGAAUCAUAUGAAUUCGCAGACUAAGGACGUUCCAAGUAAAUUGUGGAGGAGAAUAGGGAGUAGCUCCGGUAGAAGAUCUAGUACCGAAAUGGAUUUGGUGAAUAUAAAAUUGAGAAAAAUCGCCGUGGACGUCUUGGAAUGGAAUCACGAAGAAGCGAAAUUCGCUCUAGAAGGAAAAUUGUUGUUCACGCAACCCACAGAUAACAAUUGGAGAAAGGGUCGUACCAUCAAAUUAACACCCGUCAAUGCCAUGCUGGUUAUUAACGGAAAGCCUUGUGUUAAUAAAAAUUCCGAAAGAUCAGAAGAAAAUGGCUUGGUAUUUGCGAAGAACGGAAUCAGAGAAGCAGCGUUGUUAUUGGUGAGAGAUAAAAACGGGCGAUAUACCUUGUUAAGGGAUCCUCUUUACUUGGAUCGAUGUGUUAUAGCAGCAGAUCCGGCGUGGCAUAGCUAUUUUGAAGUACAGGAGUUAAUGGGAAAGGACACUUUCAUAUUUAAGGCGGAAGAUGAAGAUCAAACGAGUAUAUGGUACAAACAACUUCAAUACCACGCUCAAGGAAUGGGAGCAUGGAGGAAACGAAGAAAUGCCCUAGCGAAUAUCAUGAUCAACGGAAUGGGUCUAAGAUCGUAACAAAAAUAUUUAUUUCUCAAUUACAUGAAAAUGUGAAUUAAUUUUGAUUAAGUUCUAUUACAAACAAGAUAAAGCUUUUCCUCGUCAUGAUUAAAUUGUUUCAACAAACACAUUUUGUUAUAAAUCUUGUCCUGGUGCAGGAAAAUCUUAAAAAUAUGCUUCUACUUCACUAUUACCACAAUUUGGAGUUUUUUUUCACUUAUAUCCCAUACUUAUCAUCAUCCUUAUUAUGACAAUCAUUUACUAGAUCUGGACUACCUCUAAUUAUAAAUAAAAUGAGUUCCUGACAUUUUUGGUCACACAUUCCUUGAAUAUUACGAGCUGAUCUUAUUAAAUUAGUAUUCGAAACAUCGUCAAAAAUAUUUACCUCUGAUGAAUACUUUAUAUUCAUCUAAAACCUUAUUUGACCCCCUCUGUUGUUAAAGCUUUUAUUUUUUUAUAUAAGAUUCCAAACACCCAUGUAGAAUAAGUCCCUUUCCGACCUUAUUUUCCCUAAUCUUGCUUCUUACUUUUCCAUUAACACAUCCCCAUUUAUAUAAAUCCUUUUAUUAUUUCCCUAGUGAACAAAUUUCGAGACCGUUUUAUUCCUCUCGAGUCUCGAACUCUUUUUAUUGCUCCUUUCUUCGUGGUUACAUCGCUAAUACUCACCAAUAUUGGGUCAUUCUUAUGUUUUCUUAGUUUAUGAAUGUCUAGUUACUCAAUCGUCUCCAACUUGAUGUUUCUUUUAUUUUAUUUAUAAUUUUUUGAAAGAUAAGGUGCUUAGGUGCCUUCACCUCUUAUUCAUCUUAAUUCAUUUCCAAAAUUAGAACUCUAUCCCAUAUUGAAGUAUUCUCCUUCGUUGUAGACUUUAGUUCUGGUGAAGGCCUUCAAUCUGUUUUGUUGUUCGACGAAAACAUUGGAUAUAAACUGAAUCAAUUCUUGUAAAGUCUUGUAUUCAUAGUCCAUUUUUUCCACUGGAAUCAGGUACUACUUGAAUGACUCUUGGGUGAUCCGUUUGAGUUUACUUUCAUCUACUUGCUGAAACGACUUCUUUUUCCAAUUUUUCACUUGGUUUCUGCAUCCUAACCUCACUAUUGAGCACUCGCUCAGUUCUUUUAACACGACAAACAAAUUUGUACUGAAUUACUGAAUUUGUGUCUUCACACUUAUUAUUUUCUAGUUCAUUGCUUCCUAGUACCCAAUUAUUUUCCAUCUUGAUGGAACUCUUGUAAUCUUCGUAUCAAAAAAAUUUGAUUUGAUUUGACGAAUUUCAAGUAUUUUCUAUACUCUUUCAGUACUACAGAAAACAGGAAUCGGAAAAUCGCCUGGUCUACACCUGGAAUCUUAAUUUGAAAUGUAGAUUUAAUUCCCUCGAAGAAGCUUUCCAUUUAAGAUUUUUUUAUGUACCAAGGUUAAGAGUGAAACUAAAUUUUAAACAUCGGAUGAAAUUUUUAUAAAAAGAAAAUGUACAUUGUAAAUAACUAUUAGUAAUUUAGCUGUGAUAUUGUGGAUUUUACGGUUGUGGGAUUUCAUUAUAUAUUAUCAUAUCCUUUUAACUAGUAUAGAUGUAUUUAAUUGAUUGUAUUUAAUAUUUCAAAUUAAUAAUAAAAUUAUUCCUUGUAAA